UCGAGUGCUCUGCUUGGUGAGAGAAAAAAAUAAAUAGACAGCAGAAGUGGUUCUUCUUCUUACUCGCAUUCUCUCGCGCUCUCUUUACCGUCUGUGUUAACGGUCGUGGCGCGUCGUGUGCGUGUGUGUUAGUGUGCCAGUUAAACAAUGAGAAAUUGAUUCACACACUAAAACAGCUUGAAAAAACACCAGACGCAGAGUGUUAAUCAAAAUACAAUAAUCUGUGCAAUCACGAGCAACGAAAACAAACUGAAAUUUUUUAAACAUUUUUUUCGUGUGCAUCCGUAAACAAACCAAAGAAGUUAAAACGAGAGCAAUUUGCGAGCGGAAAACCUAGGAAACUACUACAACUGCAAAAUCAGCGAUAAAAAUGGGUGAACUGCCGCUAAAUUCAGUCGGCGUCUUUUUGGCGCUGCUCCUCUGCAGCUGCUCUUUAAUAGAUCUGACCAGUGCGCAGUCUCCCAUCCUGGAGAUUUAUCCCAAACAAGAAGUCCAGCGCAAGCCAGUUGGCAAGCCCAUGAUCCUCACCUGUCGACCCACUGUUCCCGAGCCGUCCCUGGUCGCCGAUCUGCAAUGGAAGGAUAACCGGAACAACACCAUUCUGCCCAAGCCGAAUUACGAUCCACUGUAUGAUUCCAAGGGCAAUAGAAAGAAAGAGAAUGGACGCAACCAGCCGCCGAUGUACACGGAAACGCUGCCCGGCGAAAGUUUGGCCCUGAUGAUUACCUCGCUGUCGGUGGAAAUGGGCGGCAAGUACUACUGCACCGCCUCCUAUGCAAAUACGGAGAUCCUCGAGAAGGGCGUCACAAUUAAAACUUACGUGGCCAUUACCUGGACAAAUGCACCGGAGAAUCAGUAUCCCACUCUUGGCCAAGACUACGUGGUAAUGUGCGAGGUUAAAGCCGAUCCCAAUCCAACAAUCGACUGGCUGCGCAACGGAGACCCGAUCCGCACGACCAACGACAAGUAUGUGGUGCAAACCAAUGGCCUGCUCAUCCGCAAUGUCCAGGAAAGUGACGAAGGUAUCUACACAUGCCGAGCGGCCGUCAUCGAAACUGGUGAGCUAUUGGAACGCACCAUUCGCGUGGAGGUCUUCAUUCAGCCGGUGAUCGUAUCGCUGCCCACCAAUCUGGAGGCCGUCGAAGGCAAACCCUUUGCAGCCAAUUGCACAGCGACAGGCAAGCCAGUUCCGGAGAUUAGCUGGAUUCGCGAUGCCACACAACUGAACGUGGCGACCGCCGAUCGCUUCCAAGUGAAUCCCCAAACUGGCCUGGUUACCAUCAGCUCCGUUAGCCAAGAUGAUUACGGAACAUACACAUGCUUGGCCAAGAACAAGGCCGGUGUAGUGGACCAGAAGACCAAGCUGAAUGUUUUGGUGCGUCCGCAGAUCUAUGAGUUGUACAAUGUGACCGGGGCCAGGACCAAGGAGAUUGCCAUAACCUGCCGUGCCAAAGGACGUCCGGCACCGGCGAUUACCUUCCGACGUUGGGGAACCCAGGAGGAGUACACCAACGGGCAGCAGGAUGACGAUCCACGCAUCAUUUUGGAGCCAAAUUUCGAUGAAGAGCGUGGCGAGAGCACCGGCACCCUUCGCAUCGCCAAUGCCGAACGUUCCGACGAUGGACUUUACCAAUGUAUUGCCAGGAACAAGGGAGCCGAUGCCUACAAAACCGGACACAUUACCGUUGAGUUUGCUCCGGACUUCAGCCACAUGAAGGAUCUUCCUCCGGUUUUCUCGUGGGAGCAGCGCAAGGCGAAUCUCAGCUGCCUGGCCAUGGGCAUCCCGAAUGCCACAAUCGAAUGGCACUGGAAUGGUCGCAAGAUCAAGGAUCUGUACGACACCAACUUGAAGAUUGUCGGCACUGGACCCCGCAGCGAUUUGAUUGUGCAUCCAGUAACGAGGCAGUAUUACUCAGGCUACAAGUGCAUUGCGACCAACAUCCAUGGCUCCGCCGAACACGAUAUGCAACUGAAGGAGGCACGUGUGCCUGAUUUUGUGUCCGAAGCAAAGCCCAGUCAACUGACCGCCACCACGAUGACCUUCGACAUUCGCGGCCCAUCAACCGAACUGGGUCUGCCCAUUCUGGACUACAGUGUGCAGUACAAGGAGGCCCUGAAUCCGGACUGGUCGACGGCCUAUAACCGCAGUUGGUCACCCGAUUCACCGUACAUUGUUGAGGGACUGCGACCACAGACGGAGUACAGCUUCCGAUUCGCCGCUCGCAACCAGGUGGGAUUGGGAAAUUGGGGCGUCAAUCAGCAGCAGUCCACACCCCGUCGAUCGGCCCCCGAGGAGCCCAAGCCACUGCAUAACCCCGUCCAGCACGACAAGGAGGAGCCGGUGGUCGUGUCGCCCUAUUCCGAUCAUUUUGAGCUGCGCUGGGGCGUGCCCGCUGACAAUGGAGAGCCUAUUGAUAAGUACCAGAUCAAAUACUGUCCGGGCGUUAAGAUCAGCGGCACCUGGACGGAACUGGAGAACUCCUGCAACACCGUCGAGGUGACGGAGACCACAUCCUUCGAGAUGACCCAGCUGGUGGGCAACACCUACUAUCGCAUCGAACUGAAGGCGCACAACGCCAUCGGCUAUUCCUCGCCUGCUUCCAUUAUCAUGAAGACGACACGAGAUAAUCCCCAUCCCUCGGCGAGUGGCGCUGCAACCCUGGCCCAACUGCUUGUAAUUUUUACUGCUCUGCCGACUAUGCUGCUGAUUUUGCUGCCGACGACGCACACUGCUUAAACGACCUUAGAUGCCGAUGCUUCUGCUUCCAGCCAUCAAGAAGCAGUGUUUGGAGGAUCCUUCUGCUGAUAAAUUAUCUAUCAUGGGUUUCUUUCUCUUGUUUCCGUUUGGUGUGUCAAUGUGUAAAUAAUAAGAAAACUAAAUGAAAAAACGCAAAAAGUAAUAAAAUAAAACAUACCCUUAACAAGCAUGAAGAAGCGGACAUAAUUACGUUAAAUGUGCUCAAGUAGAGAAUAUGAUCAUUAAAUAUAGGGCGGGUCACGAUUCCAUUAACUGUACAAAUAAAAAACCAAAAUAUAUGAUAGUACCUAGUAAAAAAAAAAAAGAAAGACAGAAAGAAAUCGAAAUGCCAAAACCGAAACACAGCUUACACAACUAAAAAAUUGUACUUAUAUGUAUCCUAAAUCCUAUGUCUAACCGCUAGAGACCUUGUUUUACCACUAAGCCAAUGUGUUAUGUUGUUAUUUAGUUGUAUGUGUAUAGCGACAGCAUUUAUAGAACGUAUGCCGAUUCCGUACACCCGUUCCGAUUAGUUCAACGUGAAUUCUACAACACUGCCAAGCGAUAAAAGAUUAAAAACAAAAGAAUACCAAAUUAAAUAAACCAAAUUUUAGCGAAAUUCUACAAGAAAAUUACAAAAAAAAAAAUUAUUAAAUGCAUACGAGUACAAGUUACGAAAACAAUUACAAUUACAUUUACACCAUACCCUACUCUAAAGUUACCCAAAAAGCUUCUUCCAACACUGUCUUUCAGGCAGUUGCGAGCAGUUAUCCGAGUCUCUGUUCUAUUUUGAGCACGUAAACGUUAAGAGGGGACAAUAAGUAACUCUAAAUAAGUUAAAGCUAUUACGAAUUUUUCCACACUCGAGUGUUUUACCUUCUGUUGAUAGUAAGCGUUUAGAAAGUCAAAACUAGAAUGCAACUCGAUCUAGACGAACCGAUAUUCCUGUAUACACGUUUUUUUAGCAAGCGAAAUCGAUUUUUCUAGCCAAAUAUAUAUCUUAAAUCAGAAACAAAAAGAAGGAAACAUAAAUACAGUUUAUACCUUUACAAUAUCUAGUUAUACAUAUGUAUACAUAUAUAGUUAGUGAAUAAUGCAGCCCGCCUAACGUUGCUGAGAUGGGGAAAGCGAUUUUUUUUAACGCCCUUGGGCAAGCAGUAGGACCUUUCACUGUUCACACAGAUCACAUUAUAACAUUUUCCCGAAUGAUGUAAGCAAACGAAGUCGAACACAAAAACGCUAAAAAAGUUGGUAAAAGGAAAUGAAAAUAAAGGCUACCACUUAAGCAGUUCAUUUUGGGUAAUAAAGAGAAAACUUUAACAGAAGCAGUGCGUGCGUGUGUGACUUGGGACAGGGUUGCCAUCAGCAUUUUGGAUGCCGCCAGGUAACAAAAAAAGGAUGUUUUUAACGCCUAUAUAUGUAUCAUAACCUGUUUAUUUGCACUGCACAUGAUCAACCGCAGACACUAUCAGUUAAAUAACCAGAAAAACAAAUUAUUGUACACCCGAAAACCGAGAGAAUUCUGUUUAUAAAAACCCCAUUGUUAAUUGUUGAUUGUUUAUUUUAUAGUUUCUAAAACCCAAGCAAGGCACUCUAGACAAACGAUUCCCUACCUUCUAUAUAAUCCCCCUUCCGCACACGAAAUGUACAUACAAAUACACCUCUAUAUAACAUAAGGUAUCAAUGAGUUAUUUUUAAGUUGAACUGCUUAACACUGCUUGUAUACUUUGCAUAUUGGCCUACUAAUGUAUUUUGCAAUUUGUAUAACUCUUAAACACUUCAACCAAAUGCUUAAUUUUCUCACUUUCACCGCCCACUCUCUUACUAUCUCUUUGUGCUGAGCGAAAAAGACCCCCAAAAUCCACACUUUUCCCCGUUCCCAGCUGCAUGCUUUAUUCGUAAUCCCUCCAGUUUUUAUAUAUGGAAAAAAAGAAAAUAAUCCGGCGUCGAGGAGAAAUGAAAAUUUGUAUUGCUCAGUUUGUUGCUUUGUUUGAAAAUGCUUUUCAUGUUAUGUCAAUUGGUGCAAUUUGAAAUUGAUUUCCAUCUUGUGUUUUUGGAAUUUAUGAUUGCUACUACUAUUGUUAUUACUGUUAUGAUUUCGUUAUGAUAAACCUUUCUACUAAUUUCAACCACAAAUUAAUACACACACAAAAAUGUAAAAAAAACUUUUAAACGAUUAACCACGAUUAAACGAUUAAGAAUCCGAGUUUUAAAUGUGUAAGAUUAGCUGUUAAUUGGAGGAGUUUUCCUAGGCUAGUGAGCCAGGUGCUGGCACCGUACCACCUAGAGAUACGUAUAGUUAAUACUCCUUCCCCAAAAUAUACAUACAUCGAUUUGAAUGAAUGAACUUACUAAUCAAGUACACUUGUUUCCCCCUGCCGACCCUUCGUCUGCACCCUCCCUA